GGCCUUGGGCCCUGGGGCUCCUGCCCGCUGAUGUGCCCGGCCCAUACCCCUUCCCCACCAUGCCACCCACCAUCACGGCCUUCCAGGCCGCCUACAUCAGCAUCGAGGUGCUCAUCGCUCUGGUCUCUGUGCCCGGCAACGUGCUGGUGAUCUGGGCGGUCAAGGUGAACCAGGCUCUGCGGGAUGCCACCUUCUGCUUCAUUGUGUCCCUGGCGGUGGCUGACGUGGCCGUGGGCGCGCUGGUCAUCCCGCUGGCCAUCCUCAUCAACAUCGGGCCACAGACGUACUUCUACACCUGCCUCAUGGUGGCGUGCCCUGUCCUCAUCCUCACUCAGAGCUCCAUCCUGGCUCUGCUGGCCAUUGCUGUGGACCGCUACCUCCGCGUCAAGAUCCCGCUCAGGUACAAGACCGUGGUGACCCCGCGAAGGGCAGCCGUGGCCAUCGCUGUCUGCUGGAUUCUCUCCCUCCUGGUGGGCCUGACCCCUAUGUUCGGCUGGAACAACCUGAGUGAGGUGGAGCAGGCCUGGGUGGCCAACGGCAGCGCGGGGGAGCCGGUGAUCAAGUGUGAGUUUGAGAAGGUCAUCAGCAUGGAGUACAUGGUCUACUUCAACUUCUUCGUGUGGGUGCUGCCGCCGCUGCUCCUCAUGGUUCUCAUCUACCUGGAGGUCUUCUACCUGAUCCGCAAGCAGCUCAACAAGAAGGUGUCCGCCUCCUCAGGCGACCCUCAGAAGUACUAUGGCAAGGAACUGAAGAUCGCCAAGUCGCUGGCCCUCAUCCUCUUCCUCUUUGCCCUCAGCUGGCUGCCGCUGCACAUCUUGAACUGCAUUACCCUCUUCUGCCCCACCUGUCAGAAGCCCAGUAUCCUCAUCUACAUCGCCAUCUUCCUCACGCACGGCAACUCGGCCAUGAACCCCAUCGUCUAUGCCUUCCGCAUCCACAAGUUCCGGGUCACCUUCCUGAAGAUCUGGAACGACCAUUUCCGCUGCCAGCCCGAACCUCCCAUCGACGACGAUGACCUCCCUCAAGAGAAAGCUGAUGACUAGACUGCCCUCUGCGCCCGGCGGCUCAGCCCAGCCCUGUCCCCACUGGCCCACGGGUCCUCCCGAGCCUUUCCCCAGCUGGCUGGUGGGCAGUGGGCGCUGGGAAGGAUGCUGAGAGGAGCUCACGGAGCCGGCUCCCCUCCACAGGGAGCGAUCUGCCCUGCACCUCGGGGGUGCGCGGGAGGUUUGGGAGGGCAGGCCGUGAUGAGGCGAGAGCAAAACGUGCGGAUCCCCUGCCUCUGCCUGGCCAUCUCAAGAGCAGCCCAGCACCUCAGGGUGAGCAGGUCCUUGAGGCCUGUCUGUGGAGGAGCCAAUGAGUGAGUUUCCACAGGGGAGUCACUCAUGGUCGGGGUUGGUAACCCAGGGAUCAAACAUGAGGAUUGCUUCUGAGAUGAAGGAAUGGAGGAGAGUAGGGAUGUCCUGGUCUUGCUUUCUCUCCUGGAGCAGCGAAGGGUCAGGAAGCAAGUAGCUUCAGUUCCCACCAGCAAGGAUUCUGCACCUAUCUCUGGCCAUGCCGGUGCACACCUUGCUCUGAACAGCCUGGGCAUGAUGCUUGGGAGAGGCAGCAAGAGGAGUCCAGAGAUCAUAUCUCACAUCUGCCCUUGAACUCCCAGCAAGGCUUCUGAGCCCCGGGCAAUGAGUGAGGUAUGAGAAGUGCUGAUCUCAGUCACUAGGGGGCAGCACUGAGUCCUUCUUCUUGGCCUUUCAAAUUGUCACCUGGGCCACCUAGCCCCACUAGCCCUUGGUGACAGGCCUGGAUGCUCCUAGCUGACAUGGUCUCUGCUGCUGCUGGGUCCAAUGGAGAGAGCCCAAGUCAUCCCAACCCUUGGGAGUCCUCUGAGGCCUGGGGAGGAGCUGACCGGCUACUCCUGGGCUGAGUGUGGCAGGUGAGACCAGGCCAGUGGAGAUCAACUCCAGACAAUGUGGGAAGAGGCUUGCCAGCCGAAAGUGAAAUAUUCUAAAUGUCCCUGGUAUUUAGCUCAGUUUUCAAGGGCUCUGGAAGCUCUGUUAUAGACUAUGCUUAGGCCUGUAGGGGUCUGGGCUAGGAGCACCCCAUACCCUGACAAGCCUGGAGCCCCCAUGUGGAAGGCAGGCAGGAGAGGGAGGGACUGUUAGACUGACAGGUCCUGAGUGUGAAUAACAACUCCAGGCCCGGAUUCCAGCCUGUACCCUCUGUCGGAGUGUGGUGUCCCUGGCUCUCAAGGGAGUCCCAUGUGAGUAA